CAACUUAUACAUAUCGAAAGUACUUCAAUAAGUCUGCAGGAGGCAAAAUGGCAGUCUGGAGUAUAUUUCUGCGUUCUACGAGCCAAAAACUCAGUAGACUUCCUACAUUAUUGUUAAAAGAACCUUCUAUAAAUAAUCAGAUAAGAUGUAUGUCACAUGACCAAGUAAUGAUGAUAAAAAGUACUAAAUGGCAAUGGUCAAAAUGUAAAGAUCUGCUACAUUUCUAUGUUAUGUUGGGUGUAAUACCAUUAUCAAUCCUGACAUUUUGCGUAAAUGUGUUCGUGGGUCCAGCAACACUUGAACCUAUACCAGAAGGAUAUACGCCAAAACCUUGGGAAUAUUAUAGACACCCCAUAACCAGAUUUCUUGUUCGUUAUGUAUAUGUAACGCAUCAGCAAGAUUAUGAAAAAUAUUUAAAUUUUGUAUACUUAGAACAAGAACUUAGAAAAACAAAAAUUCUUCAAAACCGUAUUGAAGAAUUGAUCAAUCAACGAAACGAUUAUAGAUACUUCUACUACGUACCAGUAACUGCUAAAUAUGUCCACCAGGCUAGAUAUAUCAAUGAUAAGAAUAGUUUAUUGUCAAAUUAAUUGAUUAAUAAACAAAUGAGAAGUCUUUAUUAUUAUCUGAUACAUGAGCUAUUAGCCCAGGUGGAUGAAA